AUGGGCCUCUGCGUGUCGUGCGACGCCCCGGCUGACUGCGCUUCGACCGCGAGGGUCGUGCUGCCCAGCGGCGAGCUCCGGCAGUACUCUCAGGCGGUCACCGCGGCGCUGGCGCUGGAGGAGGUCGGCCACGGCGAGAAGGGAUGGUUCCUCUGCGACGCCGACGCGAUGGGCUUCGAGGGCUCCGUCGCGGCGGUGGCCGGCGGCGACGAGCUCCGGCCGGGGCAGAUAUACUUCGUGCUCCCGGCCGAGAUGCUGCGCCGUACACUCACACUCGAGGAGGUCGCCGCCCUUGUCGCCAAGGCCAGCGCCGCCCUAAUCAAGGCCUCCACCGCAUCGUCUGCCGGCGGCCGGCGCCGGCGAGGCUCCGUGUCGCCGCUCGUGUUCGCGCCGUCCGAGGAGGAUUACUCGGACUAUUCGUCGAUGACCUUCGUCUCGGCGAAGCCGGCGGUGGUCCGCAAGCGGGUGGUCGCCUACCACGGUGGGCGGUCACCGGCAAGGUUCUCUCCCGACUUGACAGCCAUCCCGGAAAGCGAAUAG